AUGGAGACGCGGACGCGGCGAACGAGCGCGACGAGCGGCGGCGACGGACCGACGGCGACUUCGGACGUGCACGUGCUCGUCGUGGACGACGAGAGGAUAUGCCGGACGGUAACGUCGUCGUUAUUGCGAAAGUGUGGGUAUCGCGUGACGACGGCGGAAUCGGGAGAAGAGGCGCUGGAGCUGUUGAGACGAGGGACGGAGUUUCACUUGUUGCUCACCGACGUCAUGAUGCCGGGCAUCGACGGACCGGCGCUGUUGCAAAUAGUGCGCAACGACGAGCGAUUGCGAGACAUGCCGGUUAUCAUGAUGAGUGCGAACGAGCACAGCGAUACGGUGUUUAGGUGCAUUCAAUACGGGGCGGAAGACUAUUUGCUUAAACCCGUGAGUAGAAAAGCCGUCAAGCACAUGUGGCAGCACGUGUGGAGAAAGUCGCAG